AUGGCAGCCAUGUAUACUCGUGACAGAUGUGAAUCCACAUUCCUUCGCAAGACGUGUGCGAACGGCAUCCCAAAAUCAAUGAUACUCACGGUUGCCGAACAUGCUUCGCAGGUCAUCACUUGUGCCGACAACGCAGUUAAUCAAUCCAACAUACCACCACUCGCACAGUUUAUAUCGUCGCUGGUGGAACGCUCGAGAAUCCCGACCGCUACCUUCAUGGCGAGCUUUGGCUAUAUUGCUAGAUUAAGAAAGAGAUUGCCUCCCACUGCUCGAGGAAUGUUUUGUACAUGCCAUCGUAUCUACCUGGCCUCACUGCUACUCGCUGGCAAAUACCUUAGCGACACACCAAUAAAAAACCGAACAUGGGCCGCCUAUGCAGGAAUAUUCUCACUAGCCGAAGUAAACCUAAUGGAACGCCAACUGCUAUACCUGCUAGACUAUAAUCUCCAAAUCCCCAUCGAGGAACUCGAAGAACUGGCCGUUGAAUAUCUUGGUGUUGAACGAGACUCGGAAUUCGCUGAAAUGUUUGACGAUACCAUCACCAUACCUAUAUCACCAGCCGCAUCUGUAUCUAGUGGAUGCAGCUCUUCAGCAUCGCCAGCAUCUUCAGCGUCGCCUAUGAGUAUCAGCAUGAUGCCACGUCGAAUGGAUAGUGAUUGUAGGGACUCGGCGUGCUCGAUAUCAGAAGCAGAAAUGUCAGAGGCUAGACUGGAGGUCAUGAAAACUACCAUGUCGCCGUUUGAUCAGCAGGUGCCAGGGAGCAGUUGUAGUAGCUCGAGUGACAUGUCGAUGGCAGUAUGA